AUCUAAUUAAAAAGCGCAAGCAACCUUGCCCACCGUAUCUUUUAUAUAACUUUAUCAAUCUCAUCGAACUAUGUGGGGAUCUGGAUGGCUCGCUUCUUUUCUACUGUUUUGCGCAUGGCUGCUUCAACUGUUCACCAUCAUUGGUGGUUUAAACAACCUGCCGUUCUUGAAUGAAGCGUACUACACACGUGUACAGGCGAACAACCAAGCCGAUCGAUUUUACCUUUGGAACUCAUGCUCGGAAAACCCUAUUGACACUGUCUCUUCAUGCGGCGCUCCGGUGGCUGGUUAUCAAUGGGGUAAUCAGGCUCCAUACAACACUGUUCCCGGUGUAACUGGUCAUUCCAAGACGUUCUUUGCCUUGUCCGCCGUGACUUGGAUCGCCUUUGGUAUCACUACUUUGACGCUUCUCUCUUCUCUGAUUACUCACUGCUGCUGUCGCCGUAGAAUGUCAUCACGAUGGUUUGAUUUCAAUCAUUUCUGGUGGGGUUUUAUUGCUUGGCUCGCUCAAUUGGCCGCCUUUAUCUUGGCCAUUAUCUUUGGUACCCGUGGUGGAAGUCUCAUUGAAAACAGCAUUCCCAAUUCAAGUUAUUCAUUGGGUCCCAGCACUUGGAUGUCGCUUGGUGCAUUCCUUGCACUGACUUUGAGUAUGAUGAUGUUCUGCUGUGGAUUCUGUCUGGCCAAGAAGAGAAAGAGGACUCAAACCGCAGAUCAAGCCUAUGAUGAUCAAGCUCAAUACGCACAAACUAAGAAUAGCCGUGGAUGGUUUGGACGUAAGAAACAGGCGCCGGUUGAAGACCCAGAAAUGGCUUACAACAGCACCGGUGCGUAUAAUGCUGGAGCCUAUGACAACCCCACUGGAGCCAAUACAAAUGCCUAUAAUACUACUGGCACUGGAGCUUAUGACAACCCAACUACCACUGGUUCCAAUUACGGCACUAAAAAUCACUCUAACCCGGCUGCCACUGCUGCCGUGGCUGGUGCUGCUGGUGCCGCUGGUGCUUAUGGUGUGCAUAAAUACAACCAGUCAAAUAAUAAUACUUCCACCGGUACUAACAACUACGACAACACCACGGGUGCUUAUGGAUCCAAGACUGGAAACUACGACAAUGCUGCUGCUACUGGUGCCACCGGUGCUUAUGGAGCUAAUACUGGUAACUACGACAACACUGGCACUACUGGUACUACGGGUGCUUAUGGAUCCAAUACUGGAAACUACGACAACACUGGUACUACUGGUACCACCGGUGCCUAUGGAGCGAAUACUGGAAACUACGACAAUGCUGCUGCUACUGGUACCACCGGUGCUUAUGGAUCCAAUACUGGAAAUUACGACAACACUGCUACUACUGGUACUACGGGUGCUUAUGGAUCCAAUACUGGAAAUUACGACAACACUGCUACUACUGGUACUACGGGUGCUUAUGGAGCCAAUACUGGAAACUACGAUAACACAACCGGUACAUCGGGUGCUUAUAACACUGAUACGGGAGUUGCCGAUAACAAUUCCAGUGUUUAUCACACUCCAGCUACCGGCUAUGACAAUGCCGCCAACGGCAGCACCACUGGCUACAAGACUGGCGGCACAGGCGUGUAUGAUAAUCCUGCCGAUGGGUAUAACAACCUAACAGGUUAUGACGGUACUGACGACAAAGUACGAGUGUAGGAGUAGCGUUCAGCUUGAAAGAAACCAAAAAAAAAAAACCAAAAAAAAAAAAUGUUUUCCACGCUCGAGGAUAACAUCAAGAAAAAAAAACAUAUCUAUAAUAUAUUAUAUGCUACGAUACUUUUUUUCUUUCUUUCAUCCUCUUCUUUAUGUCUGUUUGUUAAAAAAAAAAAUACAUGCUAAUAAUGCAAUGGUACGAUUUAUAAUAGUAUAAUAAACGUCGAAAUUAAUUACUUUCAUGAUGCCGCUAAACCAAAUGAUAUCAACCGAGAUUUCGGUUCUUCG